AACCCUGCAAUACCCCCAUACCCAGCAAACAUUCUGACCUCCUUGAAAAAAGGGGCAUCAGGGGAGGAAAGAGGAGCAUCAGGGGUUUGGGCCAAAAUAGAGAGUGGAGAAACUAAACAGGGACACUAGAGGUCCCCACAGCCCCUGACCCGCCAUGGCUUCACCGAAGAAUCUCAGCAGGUUCUGGGAAUGGGGUCGGAAAAUCAUUUGCGUCGGCAGAAACUACGCCGAACACGCCAAGGAACUUAAAAACGCGGUCCCCACAGAACCGGUCCUCUUUCUGAAAUCGCCGACGGCCUAUGUGACGGAAGGCUCGGCAGUGAUCAUGCCCUACUACAGCAGCAACCUGCAUCACGAGGUGGAACUUGGGGUUGUGAUUGGGAAGAGUGGGAGAGACAUCUCUCAGUCGCAUGCGAUGGAACAUGUGGAGGGCUACGCUUUGUGUCUGGACAUGACGGCGAGAGAUGUACAAGAUAAGUGCAAGGAGAAAGGGCUGCCUUGGACUUUGGCAAAAGCAUUCGAUACAUCUUGUCCUAUCAGCGACUUCAUCCCCAAAGACAAAAUACCAGACCCCCAUAAUCUGAGAAUAUGGCUGAAGGUUAAUGACAGCCUCAGGCAAGAAGGGAGUACGUCUUCCAUGAUCUUCUCAAUUCCGUUUCUUAUUAGCUAUAUCAGCAAGAUCAUAUCUCUGGAAGAAGGAGAUCUCAUCCUAACGGGAACGCCAAAAGGGGUGGCUUCAGUGCAGGAGAACGAUGAGAUGGUGGCUGGAAUCGAUGAUAUUAUUAGUAUGAAAUUCAAAGUCGAAAAACAGCCGUAAAGGUUGCUCGGGGUUAACUGCAUUGCAUUAAGCGGUGCAAAAUUAAAUGCAUCCAAUGCGGUUAUCGGUGUUAUGAUCGGAACACUUUUAUUUGUAAUUGUUUUAUGAAAUUUAUUAGAAUAACCAAUUGUGCUGUUAAAUAUGGAACACGGCUUGUAAUUAUGGAACUCGGCCACAAGGCAGACUGUGUGAUUUUAGUAAUAUAUA